CAUGAUGAUUUACAGAAUUCAGAUAACCAAAUUAAGCUUCUUCUUUCAUGAUGUCUUCCCCCUUUGUUGAAAUAGCUCCCUUCUCCUUUGAUAGAAUUUCUCCUUCCUCAUCUCCUUCCCCGUCUGAUGGCGUCGACGGCGGAGAAGCAGUUGGCGGUAAGUUCUUGCAUCAUUUAAUUUACACGACCCACUAAGAAUUAUCAUGUCCAAAUCAAUAAUAAUGGCGAUUGAUACAUUAAUUUGCAGUGACAUUUGUGAUCUUGGUAGCAAUUGUGUUGUUUUUAGCAAUUUUAAUCAUCACAGUUGUCUAUUUUUACUGCGGAAACGUGGCCAGAAGAGCUAUAGAGGGUGCUCCACCGGUUAGUCAACUACCCCACUAUGCAGUUCAAGUUUGGGAGGGUGAUGUAUCCUCCAUGGAGAAGUUCUUGCAAGAGGUGGCAAAGGAGAAGCUGGUGAGAUUCACUGCUCAGCAGCUUAGUGCAUUCACGAGCAAUUACUCGACCAGGUUCGGAUCUGGGGGAUUUGGUGUAGUCUAUAAAGGGCAGUUUCCUAAUGGGGUCAAAAUUGCAGUCAAGGUGCUCGAGAGAAGUUCUGCGAGAGCAGUAGGGGAUCAGUUCAUGGCUGAGGUAGGCACAAUUGGAAAAAUAUAUCAUAUUAAUCUGGUUAGACUUUAUGGUUUUUGCUAUGAUAAAUUUAUGAGUGCACUUGUAUAUGAAUUCAUGGAGAAUGGAUCACUUGAUAAAUACUUGUUUAAGGAGAAGGAAAUGAUUGAGUGGGAAAAAUUAUAUGAAAUUGCUAUAGGGACGGCCAAAGGUAUUGCUUAUUUGCAUGAAGAAUGUCAAGAGAGAAUCAUCCAUUAUGAUAUAAAACCUGCAAAUGUACUCCUUGAUGCAAACUUGUUCCCUAAAGUUGCUGACUUUGGGUUGGCAAAACUCUGCAAUAGGGAUCUUAGUCAUGUUUCAAAUACUGGGUAUAGAGGAACCCCUGGUUAUUCUGCUCCAGAAUUCUUGUUGAAGAAUCAUCCCAUAACAUACAAAUGUGAUGUGUACAGCUUUGGAAUGGUGUUAUUUGAGAUAAUUGGGAGGAGAAGAAACACAGUUAUAACCUCCUCUGAAAGCCUUGAUUGGUUUCCAAAGCAUGUAUGGGAGAAAUAUGAGAAAGGUGAAUUGGCUGAGAUGACCAAGACUUGUGAGAUUGAAGACAAGGAUAGAGGAAAAGCAGAGAGAAUGUCAAUGGUGGCAUUAUGGUGUGUUCAAGACUCACCACAGGUAAGGCCGACAAUGAGUGCAGUGGUGAAGAUGCUAGAAGGAGGAGUGGAUAUCAUGCCACCUCCUAAACCCUUUCGGUAUCUAUUCUCAAUUGGGAUGAAUUCACUCAAGCCACCAGCGACUGCAACUGGUUCAAGCUUCACCUUAAGUGAAGAAAAUAAUUCCUAUUGGUAUAAAGACACCACACCUAUCAUGACCAAGUAUGAAAUACAAAUGGCUAGUUGUUGAUCAUACUAGAAUCUAGAUUUCAAAAAGUCAAUGCAUGUUUUGUUUCGAUGUUGUUAUUGUAUAAAGUUUCUCUUCUCCUAUUUAGCAAACAGAUAUGUACAUCUCAUUUACCAUGUUUCUCUGGUGCAAGCUGAUAAUAUCUUAGGACAACAAAUUCUAAUGAUCAUGUUGAAAAAGGGGUGUUGGCUUAAAUCUUGAUGUUCAUGAUGAGAAUAGGAUGUUUAGCUUAAAAGACUAAGCAAAGCAAAU